CAGGAUAAGAAGGAAGUGAAUGGGUGCUGAAAGAGAACAAAGACAGGAGAGAGUUGGCCAAUAAAAAUGUCGAGGCACCUUGUGAUUGAUGUGUACUUGUAUAUGCGUGUGUAUCAUAAGUACUUGUAUUUAAAUAGCAAUCCAUUCUUUUCUUCCUUCUUCUUUUUUUUCUUUCUUUCUUUCUCAUAUUUUAAGACUUUACCUUUUUUUUUUAAACAUGAACAGUAAUAACAUUAAGCUAACUUGGGGUUUAAACGCAAAGGAUUUGGAUGCAUGGCUUGAAAACGACCUGCGGCAUUCUGAUAAAGACAUUCUGAUACGAAGCAUUAUAAAACAACAAGAUAAUAAGGAGCUGCUGAAGGAGCGUAUACAAAAGCUGCUAGUAACCAAUGUUGACUUGAAGAAUAACCCUCCUGAUGCUGUGAUCAAACUACUGUUAUCAUUAAAAACACAACAACAACCUCAACAACACAAGACUAUACCUAUUACACUUCCUUCACUGAAUGAACUACCUUUAAAUAUUAAUCAUCAUAAAAAAUCAACAAAUGAGCCACUAGAUGUCAUCAUCAAGAGACAACGCAAUACCGAUGCUGCGCGUAGAUCAAGAUUAAGAAAGGCAAUCAAGAUGGAGGCACUGGAAAAGAAAGUGCGAGAGUUAAAGACAGAAAACGAGGAACUAAGGAUUAGAGCUGCAGUGCUGGAAUCAAAAGUGCAUCAUAUAUCUGAAAAAGAGCAAAGAAAUAGGCAAAGAGUGCUGGAACUAGAAGCUCAGUUAGCUUCAGUCCAUCAGCAGUUAUUGAAUCAAGUUAAAUGUGAAAAAUAAAACACUUUUUACUUUUUUUAUUACGUGCAGUUGGUGUAAGCUUAUUAUUA